ACAGCAUGUACCUGCUUCUGACACUCCUGUGAUCACCAGCAAGCUCGCAGAUCUGACAUCAUGGUGAACUUUACUGUUGAGGAAAAGGGUCUCAUCAAUGGCCUGUGGAGUAAGGUGAAUGUUGAAGAAGUUGGUGGUGAAGCCUUGGGAAGGCUUCUUGUUGUGUACCCAUGGACCCAGAGAUUCUUUGACAGCUUUGGGAACUUGUCCUCUGCUUCUGCCAUAAUGGGGAACCCGAGGGUCAAAGCCCAUGGCAAGAAGGUGCUGACUUCUUUUGGAGAAGCCAUUAAAAACCUAGACAACCUCAAGUCUGCUUUGGCUAAGCUCAGUGAACUGCACUGUGACAAGCUACAUGUGGAUCCUGAGAAUUUCAAGCUCCUGGGUAACGUGCUGGUGAUUGUUUUGGCUAGUCACUUCGGCAAGGAAUUCACACCUGAGGUGCAGGCUGCCUGGCAGAAGCUGGUGGCUGGGGUGGCCACUGCUCUGUCCCAUAAGUACCACUGAGCCCUCUAUCUAGCUGUCCAGUGAUCCCGUGUGUCCCAUAUGCCCUGUUUCUGCUCAUGCGUACUGGACUGGUCCUUGAAAACACAGUUUGUUUAAUAAAGAUCAUUCAUUCUAGUAAUCAAAAAGUCA